AUGAGUGCACUUCCAGUAGAAAUAAUUGCGUUACGGAUAAACAAGAUCGGUGGACCGAUUCUAAUGAAGUCUCCUAAUUUUGAAUGUGGUCACAUUGAAUCGAUAAUCCCUCAGUCGAAGUGGGCUAAGUCAGAAUCUAAUGAUUUAAAACUGCAUCUUUGUAAGUUAAGACGAAAAGUGGUAGUUUCAGGAGUGGAAGAUGAAGGACUAGAGAUGAGAUGUAAACUGAAGCUAACACUGAGAUGGUCAGAUGAAGCAAGAGGUGGACAGGUUUUGAUGUUACUGACUCCGAGAUUGGCAGAGGAGAUAACAAGGUCGAGAAUAUUGGAUGAGGUUUUGUGUAUUCAAGUGGGGAAAGAAACAUGCUGCGAGAGAUCACGACUGAUCAAAAAGAAAAGUGAGAUCUGGAGGACGGUAUAUGAGGAAGCAUGUAAAAGGGGAAAAAGUAUUGAAGGUAGAGGAGACGCGACAAUCAAGUAUUUCAGAACGAUGAGAGCCGUAGUGUGGCGUGAAGAUUAUGCCAAGAGCGAUUAA